AUGGGCGGCCACCAGAGUUUCUUUCAACAAGCGCCGCAACCAGCUGGAGUUCCACGAGACCCGCGACCUUUGAAGGACCGCGCUUACCAGACUCGGAUUGGGCAGGAACUCCUCGACUACUUGGUGGCGCACAACUUCGAGAUGGAGAUGAAGCAUAUGUUGUCACAGAAUAUCGUCAAAUCACCGACACAAAAGGAUUUCAACUACAUGUUCCAAUGGCUAUAUCACCGCAUCGAUCCUAGCUAUAAAUUCCAACGCAACAUCGACCAGGAGGUGCCUCCUCUUCUAAAGCAGCUACGGUACCCCUACGAGAAGAGUAUCACAAAAAGCCAGAUUUCUGCUGUCGGUGGUCAAAACUGGAGCACAUUCUUGGGUUUGUUGCACUGGAUGAUGCAGUUAGCACAGAUGUUGGACGCCUACAUGACGCACCGCUACGACGAUGCCUGCCAGGAGGCGGGAGUCGAUGUUUCCGGUGAUCACAUCAUAUUCGACUUUCUCAGUAAGGCAUAUAGGGAUUGGCUUGCUAUGGAUGAUGAUGCCGCCGAUGACGAGGCUGACCAAGUCCUGGCACCCCAUGUGGAGGCUAUGACCAAGGCUUUCGAGAGAUCCAACUCCAAAUAUCUUCAGGAGCUGGAAAUUUUGGAGGGUGAGAAUGCUCGGUUGCUAAAAGAGAUUGAAGAUCUUGAAAAGUCAACGCCAAACCCAGCUGUUCUUGACGAUCAUUUCAAGAUAAUGGAGGAGGACAAAAUCAAAUUCGAGGAGUACAACACAUUGGCCAUGCAGAGAUCAGAGAAAUACGAGACCCGCAUCCACGUGCUGCAAGAAGAGCUUGACAAGCUGUUGCAGGAGCUGAAAGACGCCGAGGACGAGCGAAGAGGACUUCAAAAAGCCGUGGACGACCAAGGUAUCAGCAUGCAGGAUAUUGACCGCAUGACUUCUGAGCGGGAACGUCUACAAAAAGGCAUUGAGUCUGCAGCGCAGCGUCUCGAGGAUGUCAAAAAGAAGGUCGCAGAAAACGAGGUCGAGGCGAGCAGGAAGCUGGAUGAUCUAGAGCGUAUGGUUGACAGAUACAACACGUUGGCCUACCAGAUUGGCUUGAUCCCUGCUACUGCAGUCAACGCGAAGGGCAAGGACUACGAGCUGCGGGUGACAGUCAAUGACGGGCCGAAUUUCACUGCGUCCCAACUCAAGGGUUCUUACGCCGACGGCUUUGAGAACGAGAGACUUCUCGCAGAUCCCGUCACGGGCUACCAACCUGCCCACAUCCUCAAUCUCGAUCUCCGAGGUCAAGUUAAGCACGCUUUCCUCAGUCUGAGGAAGGAGAUCUCGGAGAGGCGAGGCCAGGCAAUGGACAUGAUGAUGAAAGACCACGAGCUCCUCGACAACAUUAAGGAGGCUAUGGAGGACAAGCGCAACGAGGUUGAGGCCCUCGAGCACAAAGUGCGCGCUGCUGAGGAAGAACACGAGAAGACCAAAGAGGUUACCACGACACAACGCAUGGCUUCCGAUGCUCAGAUUGAGAAGAUGGAGAAGGAGCUUGCAAAGAUGCGCGGCAACCUCUCCGAAUCAGUUCAACUAAUGGAGCAACGAGAAAUGACCACAAAUAUCGAGUAUGAGCAGCUGACUCUCAAGGCCAAUGCCCUUCGCGAGGAACUCCACACGGAGAUCAUGAAGCUGCUCAAAGAAGUGAUCAAGUUUAAGAUGCACGUUCAGAAGAACCUCGAGGACUACGAGGGCUUCGUGGCAGAUGAGCUUCUGAAGGAACUUGAUAGUGAAGAGAUGAAGGAUGAUACCCAGAAGAUUGAAAUGUGA